AUGCCUUUUAAUCUUCGAUGGGGCAUUCUUGCCACGGGCGGAAUUGCAGAAACCUUUGUGAAAGAUUUGUUGCUGGAUCCGACAAAAAGAGGAGUUACAGACGUCACCCAUACAGUAGUCGCCGUGGCCUCAUCUUCCUCCAAAUCGUCGGCGGAUUCAUUCGUCGAAAGGCUCCAAGUUCCCGCACCAUGUGCAACCUACGGAUCUUACAAAGAAGCUGUUAAUGAUAGUAAUGUGCAAGCAAUUUAUGUGGCUAGCCCACACUCACACCACUUUCAGCAUGCAAUGCUAGCACUCGAAGCCGGAAAACAUGUUCUUUGUGAGAAGGCCUUCACCGUGAACGCAGCCCAGGCCAAGAUUCUCUGCGAAACUGCCAAGGAGAAAGGUCUUUUUCUCAUGGAAGCUGUGUGGACCCGAUACUUUCCGCUUAGCAUCCAAGUGCGACACCUGGUGCAGUCCGGAGCAAUUGGCGAGGUUUUGCGUGUGGUCUCGGACUUGAGUAUCGGGGAAGAACCUGAGACUUCUUGGGACUCUUCGCAUCGCAUGGUUAACAAGGACCUGGCUGGUGGUGCCUUGCUUGACUUGGGUGUUUAUGCUCUUACCUGGGUAUUCCAAAUUCUUUACCACACUUUACCUCGCUCUCAGCGGAAAGAGCCAUCCCAAAUCGUGUCGCAUAUGUCCAAGUAUCCUCAGACUGGAGCGGACGAAUCGACAACCAUGCUCAUAACAUUUCCUACAACAACGCCAUCGGCUCUUUCCAACCGAACCUCCGAGGCUGUGGCAAUGACGGCCUUCCGCGUGGCCACAGAUCCAGACAACCGUGGCUCUGCGGGUCCCUCCAUUCAGAUUCAGGGAACUAAGGGCCAUAUCCUGAUCUUCGGCCCUGCUUACGGUCCAGAGCGAUACCGCGUGGUGCCGAGUAGUGGGUCAGGAGACCCGGCAACAAUCCAGGAUGUCCAUAUGCCUAUUCCCGGUGGUGCGCGCGGCAUGUUUUGGGAGGCUGAUGAGGUCGCUCGUUGUUUACGUGACGGGAAGCUUGAGAGUGACACCCUUCCUUGGGAUGAGAGUAUCGCGAUUAUGAAGGUAAUGGAUGAAGUUCGGAAACAAGGGGGGCUAGUAUAUCCGGAGAACAUCGAGUCGACAGUCUACCCAUUGAAUCUCUGA